AUGGACAACCAGAAUCUCGGCAAAGAUAUACGCGACACGCUAGAUUUAACUCAAAAUAAGGCAGAGAUUCGCCGAUAUCUGCAGCUGCACCGCCCUCCAGGCCAGCAAUAUGGCUCGGGUCCCAACGACUUCGAUACACGCGGCUUGGACUGUCUGAUCGCGCUGAUCCGUCACAUCUACAGCCAAAUUCUGCCUGUAUACUUCGACAAAGAGGAACACAAAGAGGCAGAGGAAAAGAACCCAGUCCUCGCCCUUGCUUGGUUGGAUAUCAACUUCGAGGACAAGAUUGCAUGGGCGAAUUGCAAGCAGCACGUCUUGAAGGUUCUCAGCCCCUCUCAAGAAGGAACCCUUGAGACGAGCUUUGUUAGUCUCGUCAACUCUCCUCUCAUGAAAGAGACUUUCUGGAACCAUGAGGUCCACAUCCUUUAUCGAGCCUGCUUGGAGCAGCCGACGGAUGCUCCAUGGGGCCAUGCAGACUUAGGUCCGAAUGCCGCCGCUGCGAUGGUCGACAUGAGCACUAUAGUGGUUGACCGCAACCUCGAACCGGAGUGGAGUUUCAGAAGGUAUAUGCGAUCAUACUUCAAGAUUGUCAAGAAACGCAACAAACGAGAGUUGUGUAUGUGCGCCGAGCCCUGUAUCAUCCGUGUACAUUACAAGACAAACAAGGACCUGGAACCUUUCCCAUUCUCGACUCUCAAGAACGUCAACAUCCCCAUUGCCGAAAUCAAGGACUCGGAGCCUAUCCCGGAUGACAGAGAUUGCCUCUACACAUUGGUUGCGUCAGUGUCACUGAAAGAACAGCGCAUCAGAACGUACGCGUUUCUCGGCGAGGAGAUCAUGCCAUGGCCUAGCAGCGGCAAAGGGAACAAAUGGAGUCUCGAAGACAGAAUUGAUGGCGAUUUCAUGCUAUUCUAUUGCCGCGCUGGAGACGCGAUGCCGGAUUUUGGAAUUGCUGAAACCGUUCAUCUUCCCCGAGAUAGGCCAACUUUCUCCUUUCUCAACAAGUUCUUCGAUGAAGGUAUCAAGGAAAAGAAGGAAGAAGAAAGAGUCUAG